GUUAAAGGCCCUGGGAGCAGGGGGAGGAGGUGCUAUUACAUCCUGAGCAGAAAAGUCAGCUGAGUGUAUAAGCAGUGCAUGAGCGAAGAGAAAGCCCGCAGGAGCGACUUCGUGGAGAACAAGAAGCUCCUGGGAUACAAAAGAUACAAAUUUGGGUGCAGUUUUUUUUCCGAGCCAGGCAUUUCACACAUCCCCUACCAAGUUUAUACCCCCUACCAAGUUUAUAUUUUUGGCCCACAGUAAAUGUGUUUCCUCGUUGGAGUUUCUAUAUGGGCAAGCCAAGGAUUGUUGCACAGGGCAUGGUGUUUAGAUCGGUAGAAUGAAGUUUGGCACCUAAAGAAAAAACAAUUCCUUGGAACUAGAGGAGACAGGAAGAGUGGCCCAUUGAAUAUCAGCAGCCCACUCGAUUUAUUGCCACAAAGGGUCUCUUUGUGAGCAAGGCCCAUUGCACUCAGGACAUCAAGCAGGUGUUGAAGCAAUAAAGUAAUUCUGGCACAUACAUCUUUAAUGAACAAAUGGCUUUAUCAGGCUGCCCAGAUGCAUUCUUACAUCCAUAUUACCAGAUGAUGAUGUUGAUCUAGAGGCCCUGGUAAAUGAUAUGAACUCCUCACUGGACAACCUUUACUCCACAUGCAGCAGUAUCUCUGAAUCUGUGCCACUUCUAAAAAAUGGGCAGUUUAGCAGAAGCCAACUACCAAACUCAGGAACCAACUAUCUUCCGUCCAUGCCUCAUAAACAGAAGCUUCUGCGCUCCCAGCCAAUGCAUAUACAUGCUGUCAGGUGUCUCCAAGAGGAGCAACUGCGCACAUCAUCUUUGCCUGCGAUUCCAAAUACGUUUCCAGAACUUUGCACUCCAGCCAGUUCACCAGUCCUUGCAUCAGGGUCUUUACCUCAAAAUGAGCCAGUGGGCAAAAAAAGUGUGGUUAAAGUCUUUAGUGAAGAUGGGACAAGCAAAGUGGUGGAGAUUCUAGCAGACAUGACAGCCAGGGACUUCUGCCAGCUACUGGUUUACCAAAGUCAUUGUGUGGAUGAUAACAGCUGGACACUAGUGGAGCACCACCCUCAUCUAGGAUUAGAAAGAUGCCUAGAGGAUCAUGAAAUGGUAGUCCAAGUACAAUCCAUGAUGUCAAGCGAAAGCAAGUUUCUGUUCAGAAAGAAUUAUGCAAAAUAUGAAUUUUUUAAGAAUCCUGUGAAUUUCUUUCCAGAACAGAUGGUGGCUUGGUGUCAACAAUCAAAUGGCAGCAUUCCCCAGUCUCAAUUACUGCAGAAUUUUUUAAAUGCCAACAGUUGUCCUGAAAUUCAAGGCUUUUUGUAUGUGAAAGAGGUGGGGAAGAAGUCCUGGAAAAAAUUAUUUGUGUGUCUGCGACGGUCAGGGCUUUACUGCUCCACAAAAGGAAUGUCAAAGGAACCAAGGCACUUGCAAGGAAUCUCAGACCUAGAUGAUAGCAAUAUUUAUUCAUUGAUAAGCUGCAAGAAACUUUAUAAUGCACCAACAGAUUUUGGAAUUUGUGUUAAGCCCAAAAAAGUGAGAAAUGAGGUGAAGGAGCUGCGUUUUUUAUGUGCAGAAGAUGAACAAAGCAGGACUUGUUGGAUGACUGCAUUUAGGCUUCUCAAGUAUGGAAUGUUGCUUUAUCAAAACUACAGAAUUCCUCAGCAGAAAAAAAACUUGCAUACAAACUUUUCUACCCCAGUGAGGAGUGUAUCGGAAAAUUCCUUAGUUGCAAUGGAUUUCUCUGGGCAAACUGGAAGAGUUAUUGAAAAUCCAGUAGAAGCACAAAGUGCUGCUAUGGAGGAAGGUCAUGCUUGGAGGAAACGCAGCUCACGUAUGAAUGUUCUUGGUAGUCAAAGUCCACUUCAUCCUUCCACCCUUAGCACAGCAAUUCAUAGGACACAACAUUGGUUUCAUGGCAGAAUUUCUAGAGAGGAAUCACACACCAUCAUUAAACAACAAGGACUUGUGGAUGGGCUUUUCCUUCUAAGAGACAGCCAGAGCAACCCAAAGGCAUUUGUGCUUACACUAUGUCAUCACCAGAAAAUAAAGCAUUUCCAGAUUUUACCAUGCGAUGAUGAUGGUCAGCUAUUCUUUAGCCUUGAUGAUGGGAAUACCAAAUUUAUGGAUUUAAUACAACUUGUUGAGUUUUAUCAGCUAAAUAAAGGUGUCCUACCCUGCAAGCUCAAACACCACUGCAUCAGAGUAGCCUUAUGACCUCAGGCAUAGACUGUAGGGAUGGUCUUGGCUUGGGUGGGAGAAGACAUGUUGUAACAUGCACCUUGUGACUCUGAUUUAAGCAGCUGGUGCCAACUCCUCAUUAUUCUCUCUUUUCAAAUAGAUCUAUAAGAAUCUGUCAUAUUCCAGUAUACCCAGUGGUAACACUGGGCAUCUGGACUGAAGAAUAAGUGAACACCUGCAAACAAGUUUUAGGCUGGGCUGUUCACCAGUAAAAAGUGUUGAUCAAUAUUGCAAGUUGGGUUGGCUAGGCAUGGGAAUUAGCAAGUGGGUAGGUGUGAAUAAGUCCCUGGAGUAAUCUUGACAAUAAAGACUGGUCUGUUUA